AUGCCUCCCAAUAUGUCCCUGUUCUCCGUGAACGCCAUCCUCCUCCUCUCCACCGACGACGGCUCCCGAAUCCUCACCCGCUACUACAGCCCCCCUCACAUCCCGCAAGGCGCCCAGGGCAACAACCACCCGGGCGCGAACCCCUACGUCUCCGUCAAAGACCAGAAAGCGUUCGAGAAGGGGCUGAUAGAGAAGACCGCGAAGCAGACGAGCGAUGUCAUCCUCUACGACAACCGGAUUGUCGUGUUCAAGAUGGAGAGCGAUGUCAUGCUGUAUGUCGUUGGCGGCGCGGAGGAGAAUGAAAUCAUGCUUUAUAAUGUCAUUCUGGCGCUGAGGGACAGUUUGAAUAUUCUGCUCAAGAACUCGGUUGACAAGCGCACGCUCAUCGAAAACUACGACCUCGCGUCCCUAUGCAUUGACGAGAUCAUCGACGACGGCAUCAUCCUCGAGACGGACCCAAUCAGCAUUUCGAGCAGAGUCAGCAGACCGCCGGCCCAGGACGUGCCCAACAUGCAAGGCAUCGAUCUCAGUGAAGAAGGGUUGCUCAAGAUCUACCAGUUUGGCAAAGCGAAGUUGGGCGAGCGGUUACGACAGGGACUAUGA